CCCCCCCCUCCCUGCCUGCCUGCCUCCUCGCCCCACCGGAGGAGCACAGCGGAGCUCGGGCUAAAGUUUCCCCUCCUCCCUGCACCUCUCUGCGGGGCUGUUACAGGAGAACCGGGCCGAGCCGAGACAAACCGAGCCGUACUGCAGGUCGUUGGACGGCCGAGCUUCACAUGCUCAGAGGAAGAGGAGGAGGAGGAGGAAGAGAAAGAAGAGAAAGAGAGACAGAAGCUGGUGUGAGUGUGUGAGGACGGACGCUACAGAGACCAUGAAGAGUUUCCUGUGCUGACGUAGCAGGUGUUUAUUGAAGUCAGCUGUGGAGCAGCUCACACCUCAGGACUGACACACGACAGGAAGGAAGGAAGAAGGAGGGUCCAGGAUGACGAGCGCGGCCCCGGCCAGGAAGCCGUAUCGAAAGGCUCCGCCGCAGCACCGUGAGACGCGUCAUGCCUUGACCGCCGCUCCGCCCCCGCCGGCACCGCAGCUCGAUGUCAAUCAGGAGGCUUUAUCAGACUCUGACCGGAUCAGAAUCCUCCAGCAGCAGAACGAGGACCUGCGCCGCCGCUUGUCUCUCUCGACGCACAAGAUGGAGGCGAUGGAGGCGGAGUUCGACGGCAGCCGCCACUACAUGGAGGCGGAGCUUAGCCGCACCCGGGACGACCUCGACAAGAUGAGGGACAAGUUCCGCAGACUCCAGAACAGCUACACAGCGUCUCAGAGGACCAAUCAGGAUCUGGAGGAGAAGCUUCACGCUCUGCUACGGAAGGUGGAGAGGGACAAAAAGACGAUGGACCAGGAGAUCGUAGAGCUCACCAACAAACUGCUGGACGCCAAGAACACCAUCGACCGUCUGGAGGAACUCAACGAGCGCUACAGGCAGGACUGUAAUCUCGCCGUCCAGCUGCUCAAAUGCAACAAGUCGCACUUCAGGAACCACAAGUUUGCUGAUUUGCCCUAUGAGCUUCAGGAUAUGUUGAAUAAACAUAUGAAGAGCAGUCUCCCAGAGCGAGGUCCGGCUUCCGGCUCUCAGGAUCCAGACACUCUGAGUCUGACUCCGGCCGACGUCGUUCCAACGUCUGUGAUCGCUCGCGUCCUGGAGAAACCAGAACCGCUGCUGCUGAACUCGGCUCAGUCCAGCAGCUGCAGCCGACCCGUCGCCGAGGACGUGUUCGUGCACGUGGACAUGACGGGCCCGCCGCCGAGCGCCGAGGUCCGCGGCCGCGAGAACGGCCAGGAGGCGACGCAGCAGAACGGUUCCUGCCGCAGUCAGAGCAGCCUGGACGGCCAAUCGGGCGGCGAGGAGGGCGGCGGGGGCGGGGCUCCGUCCUUCGAGAAGCUGAACCCGUACCCGGCGCCGCAGCACCCCCACCCGCUCUACCCGGGCCGCAAGGUCAUCGAGUUCUCCUCCGACGACAAAGUGAAGAUCCCCAAAAACAGUCCGCUGCCUAACUGCACCUACGCCACGCGCCAGGCCAUCUCACUCAGCCUGGUGCAGAACGAAGACGAGCGCCAGACGCCAGGAAGCCCCGCCCCCUCCUCCUCCUCCGGUGGCGGGGGCGGAGCCAACCAGCGCACCCCCCCCUCACAGCGGGACGCAGCCAGCGAGCCGCUGUCCAGCCAAUCGAGUCCCUUCAGCAGCCCACCACAGGCCCCCAGCGUGUUGGCCAGCUCCGGUUCCUCUGAGGAGGAUCUGCUCGCCAACUGGCAGCGGAUGUUUGUGGAGAAGAUGGCGCCGAGCUGCGACGGCUCGGUCGUCCACCGCACGUCGUUCAGCAGCCAGACGGCUCAGGAGCUGCAGCGGCGGAGGGGGGGGGGCGGCGGGGGGCGCGGCCUCCUCCUCCGACCGCCACGAGCCGCCUACUCCGACGGCGAGGAAGGCUCGUCCGCCCGCAGCUGGACGCCGAGCCGCGGCUCCAGCCUCGACACCGACACGGACACGGAGCCGCGGCGGCGGGGGGGGCGCUACGGGGGCGACGGCGGCUCGGUGGAGGAGGGGGAGGGGCUGCUGAUGAACCUGGAGGAUGACGCCGGCAGCGGGGACACGGCGGUCACCAUGGCGACCAGCCCGGCCGACGCCCGCGGCAAAGAGCUGGCGGAGGAGGAGGAGGAGGACGACGAAGAGGAGGAGCGAGACGUUCUCCCCCGCGAGCUGCCCGUCAUCUCGCCCCGUCUCCUUGACUACACCCCGCCCUCGCCACCGCCGCCCCCCCCGCGGCCCCAGAAGAGCCCGAAGCGGAUGGGCGUGCACCACCUGCACCGCAAAGACAGCCUGACCCGAGCCCAGGAGCAAGGCACGCUGCUGGACUAAACCCCCCUCCUCCUCCCCCCCACCGCUGCUGCUGUCUCCAUGACAACUGACCCGCCGUCACUGAGGUCAGAGGUCACGCCCAUCCAGGAUAUAGCCAUACUCUACCGUAUGCUGCCGAGCUCGCUGCGUGUGUGUGUGAGGUCAGCUGUG